ACGAAACUCAAAAGCUGUUUGUUCCUAUUUUCUCUAGGCAAAGGCAGCUCAAGCAUCUCAUCCGACGUGAGUUCAAGUACGGAUCACACACCGACCAAAGCCCAGAAGAAUGUGGCUACCAGUGAAGUGUGCGUGUUUUGUAUCCUGGAGCUUCAAAUCUGGACUUCCAAGACUAUGCAGAUUACUGAGGUGUUCCUUUCUCAACUCCGACCUGAGCAUGCGCACACUGAGCACGCCCAGCCCGGCCCUGAUAUGUCCACCGAACCUGCCAGGGUUUCAGAAUGGAAGGGGAUCGUCCACCUCCUCGUCCUCCAUCACCGGGGAGACGGUGGCCAUGGUGCACUCCCCGCCCCCGACCCGCCUCACGCACCCUCUCAUCCGGCUCGCCUCCAGACCCCAGAAAGAGCAGGCCAGCAUCGACCGGCUCCCGGACCACUCCAUGGUGCAGAUCUUCUCCUUCCUGCCCACCAACCAGCUGUGCCGCUGCGCCCGCGUGUGUCGCCGCUGGUACAACCUGGCCUGGGACCCGCGCCUCUGGAGGACUAUCCGCCUGACGGGCGAGACCAUCAACGUGGACCGCGCCCUCAAGGUGCUCACCCGCAGACUCUGCCAGGACACCCCCAACGUGUGUCUCAUGCUGGAAACCGUCACCGUCAGUGGCUGCAGGCGGCUCACAGACCGAGGGCUUUACACCAUCGCCCAGUGCUGCCCCGAGCUGAGGCGUCUGGAAGUCUCGGGCUGUUACAACAUCUCCAACGAGGCUGUCUUUGACGUGGUGUCCCUCUGCCCCAACCUGGAGCACCUGGACGUGUCAGGGUGCUCCAAAGUGACCUGCAUCAGCUUGACCCGGGAGGCUUCCAUUAAACUGUCCCCCUUGCAUGGCAAACAGAUUUCCAUCCGCUACCUGGACAUGACGGACUGCUUCGUGCUGGAGGACGAAGGCCUGCACACCAUCGCGGCGCACUGCACACAGCUGACCCACCUUUACCUGCGCCGCUGUGUGCGCCUCACCGACGAGGGCCUCCGCUACCUGGUCAUCUACUGCACCUCCAUCAAGGAGCUGAGCGUCAGCGACUGCCGCUUCGUCAGCGACUUCGGCCUGCGGGAGAUCGCCAAGCUGGAGUCCCGCCUGCGGUACCUGAGCAUCGCCCACUGCGGCCGGGUCACCGACGUGGGCAUCCGCUACGUGGCCAAGUACUGCAGCAAGCUGCGCUACCUCAACGCGAGGGGCUGCGAGGGCAUCACGGACCACGGCGUGGAAUACCUAGCCAAGAACUGCACGAAGCUCAAGUCUCUGGACAUCGGGAAAUGCCCUCUGGUCUCCGACACGGGCCUGGAGUGCCUGGCCCUGAACUGUUUCAAUCUCAAGCGGCUCAGCCUCAAGUCCUGCGAGAGCAUCACCGGCCAGGGCUUGCAGAUCGUGGCCGCCAACUGCUUCGACCUCCAGUUGCUGAAUGUCCAGGACUGUGAGGUGUCCGUGGAGGCCCUGCGGUUUGUCAAACGCCACUGCAAGCGUUGCGUCAUCGAGCACACCAACCCGGCCUUCUUCUGAAGGGACAGCUUUCACCCGGUGUUGUUUUCAUACAAACGUGAACAAAACAAAACAAAAUUUUUUUUUUGUUAAAGCCGCAUAUGUAAGCACGACACCCACUCAUAACAGCUCUUUUUUUUUUUUUUUUUUUCUUUCCUUCCAGGAAGGUUCUUAGGAAUCUGGCUUUUAUUUUUCCUAAUUUCUCAUGGGCAACAGAGGUCAAAGAA